CGCGCACAUCAAACGGGCAAAAACGGGCUAACAAACGACACAGGCUGCAAAAUAAUAGACGAAUAUUUGUAGUCGAUCGAAAAGCGAAACCAAAAAAGGAAAAUCCAAGCCAAUAAUAAUCCAAGACCUAGGCUAAGCCCUGUGGAGGCCACCUUCGUGUUCGUUUUGACCCCAACAAACUCACAACUUUUGGCUUUAUAAUUUUUCAUUUUUUUUUGUCUUGUGUGUGUUUGUGUGUGUGUUUUUGGGGUUGGCAAGAAUUUAGUGAACGGGGCAAAAAAUAAAUUCAAUGUCCGGCCGCGGUGAUGCUUAUAAAUAGCCAAAAACGACGACCAAGAACCCCACAAGACGACAAACGAAACAUCGAAAAACCGAACAAAAGCGACAAAAAAGAAAAAAGAGAAUAAGAACCACCUCCACCAACAAUUACAAUAAGGUAGAAAAGGAGACAGAUUACGGACCAGGGCCAAGUAAAUAGGAACGACAGCUGUUGACUCUCAUCAUCAUCAUCGUCGUCGUCAACGUCGUCAUCGUUAUCGUUAUGUUCAACUCUCGCCGUUCGGCCUCGGUGGGCGCUCUUCCCGCUGAGAAGAAGCACUUUGUGUCGCGUGUGGAGAGCGCCAGCGGUGCCUCCCUGGAUGUACGUUGUGCCUGUCAAUACUUUCAGUGUGAAUCACUGCUGCCGGAACGUGUCAACCCGGUAGACUCAAGACCAGGAUCACGCCAGGGUCAUCAUACAGAUGAGAAUUGCCCGCAUUUGAAUUUACAUCGCGACGAUUUGUCUACACAAAGCUUUGAAAUAGUCAGUCAUGCGGAUGUAGCUGCUCCAUCGGUGGAUUUAAGUUUCAUGGAACGCUAUCCGGAAUUGGAACAAACGGCCCGGUCUCGUGGUUUAGUUGUGCGAAGCAUAUCAGAUGCCACUGAACCCGAAUUAAUGCCAACUCAUGGAGGUUCAUUAAUGUCCGGAAAUCGUCGACGACAAUUGUCCAUGGGUGGCCUAUCCUCGGGUGGUAGUGUGGGACGCUUCGGUGAUGCCCUAUCGAUGCGCAGUGGCACCUCAUUGCGUCGAAUAUCGGCUGGCAAUUCGAAAACGGAUUUGUAUUGUGCUGAUAUUAAUAUACCCAGUGGUCGUCCGAGUGGACAACGAUCGGCCAGUGCCAGUCGUCGAACCUCUAAUGCAGAUCUUUUUCAGGCCAGCAUUAUGCCACCACAAUUGAAUCUUAUAGCAGCUACACCACUUCCGGGCACGAUAGAUCAGCCACUACAAUUCCCCUCCUCCCAUCAGGCUUCGCCGGCUCCCUUGCAGCAAGAUUUUAGAAAUGCGAGACCGCCACUAUCGCCGGAUUAUAUGAGACCCAGUGAUGCCAAUAAAGAAAAUCAAUAUUCGGGCGAAGUACUGCCUCAAAAUCGACCAAUUGAUGUCUCACGCUUUGGUGGUGAUGCCGUCCGACCAUCUUUCCUGCUCGAAACGGAUAUUAAACAAUUGCAAAAUCCCUAUCAACCCACUGUCACUCCCAAUGAUCCAUUAGCUGAAACUGUUGCGGAAUUGGAGCAGAUUGCUCAAGAACAUAAUAUUGUCAAUAUAAGAGACAACAUACAGACAGAGACACAUCGUCCACCGUCUAUCGCUGGGGAACUCAGUGCCAAAUCACUUAAACUUGAUGAGUUAACCAAAAUUGAGAUUUUUAAUGACAUACCCGUGGUGGAUAUCGAUGAGCUGGUUCGCAGUGAGGAACAGAAGGCAGCCGAGCAUCGCAGUCGUAGCCCAAGGCCAGCUCCGAGACGACCCAAAUCACCGCCUGCGAUGACCACACUACAAUUACCAACGAGUCGACAUGCAAGUCCAACACCGACUGAUCCAGCAAGUCAACUUUCUUUAGGCGGCACAAGUUCUCAACCCCUUAAACGACAGCAUACACCUGAACGACAACUUUCACCUGAACGUCCUAACAAAUGGGCGCCGGUAUCCUCGCAACAACCAACAAUCUCAACAAUAACGGGCAACAUUAAUUUGCAAGAAGCUUCGCCUGAAGUCAAAAGUUCCUACACUUCACGUUUUAAGUCAAUGUUCAGUUCAAAGGAAACUCGCCAAAAAUCGCCUACACCACAACGUUCUCGAACACCCAGUCCCCUGAUGGCACGAUCAUCAUCACCUUUCAGAAAAGAAAAGUCCCCCUCGCCUGUUCAAAUGCUUUCCGUAUUCUCCAAGAGUAAACCGCAAGCCAUGUCCAUAGUUACCACUUCGGCAGCCGUAAUAAAGGGCAAGGAGGCAGAGCCGCUUGCUGUGCGCGUUACUGAGACAUUCUCUUUGAAAGUGGACGACAUGGAUCAGUACUGUGCACGUCCCACAAAACCAUUGGCCCCCCCGCCACAUGCCCAGACUAUGUACAGCAGCCGCGAGGAUUUCGCCGCAUCCGAGCGUACUUCGGUAGACAUAAGCGAGGCUUUUGCACCAGUUGUUGUAUCGUCAGUGCCACGGGGAGGUCCUAGUUUUAUGGCUGGCAAUAGGAAUCUCUAUUCCAGUGAAAUUGAGAUGCCGGGUGCCAUGUCUUGGCCUCGCAGCGAAUCUGAAUUUCAUGGUUCCGUCAGCAAGGAGCCAUCAAUUAUGAGCCAUGGCAGCAGUCGUCCACUUAUCUCGGUUCCCAUUCAAAUAUCACAGGGUCGCAGUACACCAUCCGAGCAACGGUUUGGGCUGCAACGCAAAUCUUCUUUCAGAGAGCCGCGUACACAAUCGCAUGAUCGGAGCUCUCGUUUAGCCGGCGGCUCCCAAGAUCAGCUCUAUGGGCCGGCACGCAUGACAAAGACGGUUAGUUUCAAUUUUGACGAACGCAAAUCGCGCCUUGCGGAUUUUGAGUCCAAUUCGCCCCUAACCCAAAAGCAAAUAGAACACAGAGACUUCCUCGAGCGGACCUAUUUCUCUCGUGAUCAUGAAUAUGAGCCUGUGGGCGGCGAAUCAUUGACAUCAGCAGCGCCGUCCCCUUAUAAUGGCACUAGCCCCUCGCUACAAUUACCAAUACCCAUGGACAUUGAUGGGCAGCUCAGCUCUGCUGCCACAACGCCACGCACUGAAUCUCGCACUGAUUAUGAAAUACACACAAGCCAGGUGGACUCGAGUGCUUUGGAGGAAUUGCCAUUGCAGCCGGAGAAUAGGAAAAAAGGUUUCAUGGCAACGGCCCAGGAUCGUACAAAGAAAAUGCAGGAUGGCCUACGUCAACAGGCGGGUAAAUUGCGCACCAAACUACGCACUGCCCAGCAAUCGAAACCCAAACCUAAACCCAUUUCGGGUAGUCCAAAAGCCAAAGCCAAAGAACGUAGACGCUUUAAAGCCCCCGAAUUUUCAAAAAUCAAAAUGCCUGAAAUCAAACGACCCGAUAUGUCCAAGUUGAAGGAACUCAAACGACCCGAAUUCACGAAAUUUAAUAAGCCAGAUAUGUCCAAAUUCAAAUUGCCCGAGAAAUUCUCCACACUAAAACUGCGACGCAGCAAGAGUUUUAAAGAGAAUGAAACAGAGACGCCAACAGAUGAAACGGCUACUGCAGGUGGUGAAGCAACAGGCGGCGGUCAGCAGCCAAGUGCUCCCAAGAAGAAGUUUGAAUUCAACUUUGGCACUUAUCCGCGUGCCUUCCGAAAGAAAAAGCCAGAACCUGAAGCAGUUUCCCCAGUCAUCGAGUCAUCACUGGGCACUGAAGGUCUCAGUCUCAGUGUGAUACCCAGCACAGAAACUCAGCCCUCACAAACGUCGACAAGUUCGCCGCAAGGUGAUCGUGGUCCGGGUCCAGUUCGUUCACGCUGGGCGGAUAAAUUCUCAGAUGUCAGCUACAAUGACAGUGAGGGAUCGCGCUAUAGGCGAUAUGGUAGCGAAUUGGAGAGUUUUGAUCGCGAAUCCUCAUUGGAGCGACGCAUGAAGGAGGAUCUGGAAGGUGUGGAGGAGGAUACGGCCAGUGAAGCUCAACCACAAACACAAAUGGGCAUUCUGGGUGGUGUGGCCGAUAGCAAACAAUUUGCCGAAUUCGAUGAAGAGAAUCGAGCUAUUCAUGAGAUUUCUAGCCAACGGUCUAGAGAAUUUAAACGUCGUCCCAUGGUGCACCAGGACUCAGAUUUACGCUCUGAAGACAGUAGAGAUGCGGAGGGCUGGACUGAGAAGGAUAUACAAAAAAAUAAAUUGUUACGCAAAGCUGAAUUGGAGGCGGAAGCGGGAUACUAUAAGUAUCAGGAUCGACAGGAUGCGCAGUCAACGGCAAGUUCUGGCAAGAAAGUUGUUAUGGAACCGAUUGACGACGAUGAAUUCUUUUUGCGAAAGCGUGGAAUCUCAGAGGAUAAUAUCCAAUUGCGUCAGUACAUUAGCGCCGCUAUACGCGAAGGUUACGAUAUGCCAAAUGCCCUUCAACAUGUUGGUCACUCUGAGGAACAGGUGCGUAGCGAAGAAUAUGGUGACUAUGAUGUUCCACCACCAAAACCACGUCGCUUACAUCGAAACUAUCGUCCCGAAUAUGAAGACUCGCAGGAGUUCCAGCGUAGUGAAUAUGGCGAUGAUUUGUCCAUGUCACAAAAUGGCAGCGAUUUUCUGCCAAAGCGACCAUUGAGAAAAGCCCGUAGUCGUAGCAAGUAUUCGGUGGAUGGCAGCCAAGAUAUACCCUUGGCUGAUGGCGCUAGUAGCAUUCAGUACUUUGACGACGACGAGGAAUAUCUAAGACCUCCGACACGUGAUGAGCAGCAACAUACAACGGAAUCUGAGCAAGCUCUCAAUAAUCUGAACUAUAGUGAAAAAGGAGCUGAAACAGCCCUGGAAGAGACAGACGCAGUGGCAGUGGUGCAACAGCCACGACCUCAGGCACCAAGGCGCCAAAAGAGACGCACACGUGAUGAUGCAUCUGUAGAGAAGGAUACAGAUUCUUUUAUCAAUGGCUUUGGUGGUAGAUCAGUUUCGAAUACCUUUUUGCAGCCACAGGAAGAUGUAAUUGUUUAUCGCACUGAACACGAAUAUCAUCACGUACCGCUAGCCACGCCUGAAAACUUCACAGACGGUGCCUCGGCCCGCACCCAACGUUCCGAAGAUGAUCGCACCUCACGCGGUGCCGAUUCCUUGAUAUUGGAUAUGCAUACAAAAGUGAAGCCAGAACAACAAAACAAUGAUAAUGUGCCAAGAAAUGUGGAUGAUGAAAAGUUUGUUAUCGAUAUGCUGGAAAGCGAUGGCUAUGCUGUGGUCCGUAAAGAGCCAUUGCCAAAACCCACACCACCGGCGAGGCGCAAGAAGUUUACACGUUCACCAGGCGAACGUUUCGCAACAUUGCCCAGCAUUCGUGGCUCUCGAGGUUCACCGCCGCCGGCCCGGCCACCACCUCCGCAGCAGUAUAUACCGAGUGAGGAUUCGCCACUAGUUUUCCGCCGAAGAUCAGCUACCAGUUUGGAAGAGAUUCACAAUACCCCGCUGCUCAAGUCGAACUAUGAAGCACAACCACAGCAGGAGGUUAAAGAAGAGGAUGACUAUGAAGAGCCUGGAGCUUAUGGUCGCCCCGAAUCACCGCGUUCGAAUCUCCAAUCUGGUGAGGUUAUUAACAAGAUGAAAUUCCGACCGUUACCUCCACCGCCACGACCACCAAGAGAGAAACGUUCAACCAGAGGUGGUAGUGGAACAUUGGACAGCUAUGAGGAUAGCGAACGAGUGGCCAGCUCUAGCACAGCUGAUAGCUACGAUCAAGGCGAGUUUGAGGUAGAGGUUUCCACGCAAACAGAUCCACUGCCCGAUGAUUUUGUAUGUGAAGAGUUUGAGAUUACUGAGGACAUGAAAAUUAUUGAGCCGCGACGCUCCACGGGCUCUGGCAACAAAACACUAGAGGAUCUUUUGCGUAGUGUCCAAGCAGAGGACCACGAUGAAGUCGACAGCAGUCGAGUUCUAACCGAGGAUGAGCAACUGGCUAAGGGUUUGCAACGUUUCCGCGAUGCCAAUCAACGUUCCCUGUCAGAACGUUCGCGAGCUUCGUCUCAGGCGGAUCGCUCUAAGUCAUUAAGUCGUCCGCAAACACCUUCCUCUGCGGUGGUUAUCGAACGGCGAGUUCCAACACCAAGUCUGACACAGGGCGAAGAAGAUGCCACUGUUCAGGCAUCGCUAAUUGUUCGACCCAUAAGUGCCGCCGAUUUGGAGGAUGAGGAACUGCGGCGUGAGGAGGAGGAACUGCGUCGAGAAGGUCUGCUAUCGGACAGUUCGGUGCAAAGCAAAUCAGAUGUGGAAACAGCAGGUGAAGAGGAAGACCAUGGGGAACUAGGUCUAAGCGACUAUGGCGCCAGUUCGGCAGAUUUGGAUGCGGCAGUGGAACAAUUGCAACACGCUCAGCUAGAGAGCGACUAUGAGAGCAAGUUAGAGGAUGAUGAAGUCGAACGCACAUUACGGGAGAGCGAGUAUGAGGAUGAUCCAGGGGAAAAGUACUCUGAUCAUUAUGAGGAAGAUGAAGAGGAAACUUUCGACAAGCAGCUGACUGAACAAGAGCUGGAUGAAGCACUCGAAAAGCAAUUGCAGGAGGAAAUGGAAAAGGAACUUGCAGCUUACAGACAAAAAGAAAAGGAACUUGCCUUGGCAUUAGCUCUGGCUGAUGAGGGACAUCCACUUUCCGAAGAAGAACAGGCUCUUUCUGAUGUCGAGCAGCCGCUUACCGAAGGGGAACAAAAUAUCCAUUCGGAAUCUGAACUGGAACCAGAACCCCUUGCUCUGCAGGUUGAGGAACCCAUUAUAAAGACCAUCGCUAUCGAACCCACCGAGGCCGAGGUAGAACUGAAAUUUGUUGCCACCUUACCAACAGAAGCCAAGUAUAGCCAAGAAGAUGUCGACAUUGAGGAGGAAGCAGUACCUCUACCGCCACCACGUCGCAAAUCGACAACAACCCUCGACACUACAGCACCAACUACUGGUUUAACAAUUGCAGAGCAAAUUAGUCGAGAAGUGACCCCAGUACAAUCGCUUCAACAGUCCCCACCAGAAUCACUGCCAAGUCGCCUAGCUGAACUUGAAGUGGAGCGACUCCGUGUACAUGCUCUUCAGGCUGGCCAAAUCCAAGUAUCACAAUUGCAUGGCAAUCAGAUCAUAGCCGAUGAUUUGGAAUGCAAAUCGGGUGGGCUGGUGGUGAAGAAUAUUGAACUUCCACCUGGUUUCAUUGAAGACAUAGUCGAGCGUGUGCGAGAGCAGCGUCCAUCACUGCUUUCGUCCGAGACGCAAACCAGCCGUCAGGCAAGUAGUGAACCGGCUACUAGCGAUGUAGAACCUCCUACCAAACCGCCACGUCAGAGCAAAACAACCGAAUCGACAUCACCACCGAAUCUCGACGAGCAGACACAAACUGAUACUGGCAUAUUGCCACUUCCACCGCCACCUGCCGUAUAUCCUAGUGUGGAGUAUCUGCAGUCAUUGGCUCCCUUGGCCUUUUAUAAUCUGCAACGUUCGGCUGAAGCCGAACAGGCUGAAACGACUGCUGAACGCAAGGCACCGCACAAAUGUCGGCGUCGUCAUGUGCACGAGCCAAUCGACCUUGACUCUGGGUCCGAUGUAGAGGAACAACUGGUCGAACGACCACGUUCGCGUUCACGUUCACGUCGCUCCCGUACUAGAAGUGCCACUCAACCGUUGGAAGAAUACGAUGACGAUCAGCCAAAGACUGUGGUUCAGGCAGGAGGACAAUUCAUCUCCGCCUGUAGCCUGGAACUGGUUAAUAUCAUCAAUCAAUUGACAAACUAUGUGCGAGGAGAGACAGUGGAGCCACAACAGCAGCCCAGAAUAUCUGCACUAAUGGUGCUCUUUAUAUUAAUUACUUUUGGCAUCCUCGUCUUUUUGCUGACUGGCCGACAGGUGCACACACAUCACUGGGACUACUUCAAUCCGCCUGGCAACGAGGGCAGACAAACGUGAGAGGAUAACGACGUCCCUUGAACUAUACUUUGUAGGGAGGGGCUUUUGCAUUUUGGAUGAGAAAAAAAAAGAGAAAGAAACAAACAAAAACAACAAAAAGAAAUCGAAUUUAAAAGCGGUUAUGACCGCUCGAAACUAAAGGCCUUAAAAUGAUAUACUAACCAAAAAAACUAAAUCAAGAAUAAAUAAAAUCAAAUACAAGGACAUUUACUUUAGGAGAGAUGCGAAGAUAUACAUGUAAAUGGGCGGCGAGGGGCGUUGCCUUUGCUACUAGUCAGAUACCAAUCGAAAUACCAAACCAAAAUCCCAGUCACUCAGUCAAUCAAUCAA